UCACGUAGAGCGGACGUAUUUGUAUACUUGGUCUGUAAUCGUACAUUUCUCAAACUGGAACACUCUCCGGACACAGGCCAGUUAUAGCUACAGAACAAAACCACAUAUAAAGCUGUAAAACAAAGCGCCAACUGCACAAAUAUAAUUCAAUUCACCUCACCCUGUUGAACAAAAGGAUUAGUACUUUCUGGAACGUGGCCUAAAAGGCUUAGAAAUCAAACAAGGGGAGCUUUUAAUCAAUGUACAUCUGUUUAAAAACAAAGCCAGUUGAACAAGGUGAUCGAGUAUUGUGAAUGUGCGUUCGAAGAAGCGAUCAACGAAGAUUACUAAAAAAGGAAACACUCAGAAAGCCAUUGAAUAGUCAGUGUUCAGGCAGCGAUGAUCGUUUGUUUAGAUUUAGUCACCCAGAACAGAGAGGACGUGGUGUAUCAUUGGAGCCAGACGAUAAACUUUCAGCUAUGACAGCAGUUGCUUCCAUUGGUGCUACUAUGCAUGACAGUAACGUGACAGCGAGUCUUCACAGAGCAAACCUACCGUCUUUGAGGCCUGUUGAACUGAGGACUACACCAACAUCGAUAUUUAAAAAAUCUUUUCAAGCUCUAGCUAAGGCUGCCUCUCUCGACGGACAAGAUAAUGAGGAUGGUUUUGAUGAUAGUUGUAGUGAAGACACAGACAUUUAUUGCAAUAAUAGAUGCAGUAUUAGCACAGCUGAGAUGUCUUCUGCAACUGCUGCACAUGUUAGCAACAAUGUAUUCAAUGGUGAGCACUUCCAAGGAUUUAGCCAUUUCAGAAAUCACAGCAACUUAGCAAAUUCAACUGUUAUUUGCAAUAAUGUCAUGAAAAGCAAUUACCACGACGGUCACACAAACGUCAACAGUAACAACGACGACGAUGAUGAUGAUAAUAAUAAUAAUAAUAAAAAUGAUAAUAAUGAUGAUGAUGAUUGCGUUGCUGACGAUGAUGAUUUUAGUGAUCAUGAUUCACAUUAUUCGGCUGACCUCGAAGAAGUUUACUUUCCAGUUCUCAACUAUCCUCGAAGACCUGAAUCCCCAAAUGCAAGUAAACAACUGAUAGAUUUUGCUCAGUUGAUCAGUGCCGAUAUACAGAAGUUUUUCGGUCGUAAGCAUGGUGACGAGGACUCUUGUGAUAUUUAUGAAGAUAAAUACAACCGUCUGAGAGCUGUAGAUGGUGGAAUUGACAGAGCACGGGAGAAAAUGUUUUGCGCUAUUUAUUUACAUUCUGAUUUCAAAUCCCGCCAUAUUAUUCUGAAUCUAUAA